AUGGUGAGAACAAUGAAUAAUUCCAGAAAGAGUAGAUGUAUAAAGGCAGAUCGGAUUUCGCAGUUGCCGGAACACAUUCUCCGCCACAUUUUAUCAUUUGUUCCCAUUAAAGACGCAGCUCGAACAAAAACUUUGUCUACAGAGUGGAAAAGAUUACUACUAUCUGCUGAUGCAAUCGGGCAAGAGCCCGAUGUGUGCGAAAUAAGGGACAAAUUCGUGGAUUUUGUGGUAGAUAACUUAGGAAAAAUAAGCCAACAAAAGUCAUCAGUACUAAGACUAUCGUUAGAUGUGGCUGUAUUUAACGACGAGUUUUCUAGUGUAGAUGAGUUGAUGGAUCUGUUUGGAAAAACUAAGGUUGAAGAAUUGUGUGUUACCAUGCAAACAAUUGACUCUCAGGUGUUUACAGAGUGGGAAAAGACGUUGGAAGAUGUAUGUUACGAAUUUCCCUACCCGACUGUACUAGCUUCAAACUGGCUCGAAUCUCUUACUAUUCGAUGGUGCAAGUUCCCUGCGACAGCUGCAGGCACGUUUUCAUCCCUGCGACAACUGUGGCUAAGACAAGUUAUGCUUAGUGAAGAAUCAUUAAGCACUUUGGGAAGUUGUUGUCCAGGGAUCGAGCCAAUAGAUGAUUAUUGCACGUUUUGGUUUGAAACCCUUAAGCUUUCGGAGUUUCCUAAGCUAAAGAAGGCUUCCAUCCUAGCAUCAGGUGAAUUUGGUUUGCUCAACAAUGUUGACACUACAGAAACUAACCUAGAGAAUUUAUAUUAUGAAAGUAUUGAAUACAAUUGGGUGACGAGUCCAGCUGCUUGUCGUAAUUUCAGGGAACUCACCCUGUAUUACUGCCAUGUAAUCGCGCCUAAUCUGUUUGAAGACUUCACAACAGCUUUUCCACUUAUUGAGAAUGUACGUAUCACUGGUGAUUCGAGUUUUGAAGGUGUAGAUUGGUUCAAAGCUACUACUAAUAAUCAUCUAAGGAGUUUAGAUAUACAUUAUGUUUUUUUAAUUCUUCAGAAGCUUUAUGUAGAUUGUCCAAACCUGAAGUAUUUCAGGUUUAAUGGUGCUGUUUCAGAGGAGGUUCAAUUUGUUCUAGAUGAAUUUCAAGCAACUCCGAUUUCCCAGCUUAAACAUGUCCACCUAGAACUGGAAAUUAAAAAUAGUAACAAGAAAGAUUUUGGCCAUCUAGUAGAAGCUUUUGUGGAUGGUCUCUUUUGGGCUACCUGUUCAAAUACCUUGACUAUACAAGUCUUACAUGGUUAUUAUUGUUAUGAUGUUGUUAAGUAUUUGUGUAGGAGAUUAGCAGACAAGAAACCUCAAAAUGAAUCUUGUUGUGAGCAGCAAUUAUGCCAUAAAUAUUGGUGGCAUAACAUGGAAGAUUUUGAAGUUACUCUGGGAAAUAAAGACAUGAAGGAGAAGUUGACGUGUUUGGCAGAGAUGGUAAAAAUGGCACAGACAAACCACCAAAAGCGUAACCCUGAGUUCAGAUUUCAAUGGUACACCAUUGAAGAAAUAGCAAGGUUUUUGGUGGAUAUGAAUGAAUCUUGA